UCAUGCCUUGUCUCGAUUUAAUAAACAAACACAAAACUACGCUCAGCUUUCAUCUCUCCUCCUCCUGUCUCAUUCUCCUCCUAUCAUUUUUCCGAUUGCAAAACUUGGAAAUUAAUUAUUAUUUCUGUUUGGCAUCUAGAUUUAGCAAACGAUGUGCGUAUUACAAGCUUCAGAAUUACAUCGCCCCUGCUAGCCAAAAAACGACACCAUAACUUCUCUUUUAACUCUAUCUUCUCCUUAAAAUGGUCACGCCAGACCUUUCCAAGUCCCAAUACUCCCCCAUGGCUAAAUCUGGUUCUAGAAAUAAACCUUCUUCGUGUUUUACUGAUAUUUUUCGCUAUCUUGGUGGUGGCUUGCUUGCAUUUUUACUUGUUUGGUCUCUUUGGUCUUAUGCCGGUCCUGAUAUUAGCAGUAGCUUUGAACCUAUAAUCACUGAUUACAGAUCAAAAGUUUCCCUACAGGAAGAACCUGCCGUUAAUCUCCGCUACGACCCGCCUGAUAGAACCUUCUACGACGAUCCAGAGCUGAGAUAUUCUAUUGAGAGUAAGGUUAAAGACUGGGAUGAGAAGAGAAAAGAGUGGCUCAAGCACCAUCCUUCUUUCGCUGCCGGUGCGCGUGAUAGGGUUGUGAUGGUUACCGGAUCGCAGUCUAGCCCGUGUAAAAACCCCAUCGGAGACCAUUUUCUUUUACGAUUUUUUAAGAACAAAGUGGAUUACUGUAGAAUCCACGGUUAUGACAUUUUCUACAACAACUUGUUGCUCCACCCGAAAAUGACAAGUUUCUGGGCGAAACUGCCUGUGGUGAGAGCCGCGAUGCUGGCUCAUCCGGAGGCGGAGUGGAUCUGGUGGGUGGAUUCCGAUGCCAUGUUCACCGACAUGGAAUUCAAACUCCCCUUGCGCCGUUACGAUUACAAGAACCAUAACCUGGUGGUUCACGGCUGGGCUAAGCUCAUAUAUGGAGCCAAGAGCUGGACGGCGUUAAACGCCGGCGUUUUCUUGAUCAGAAACUGUCAAUGGUCGAUGGAUUUCAUAGACACGUGGGCCAGUAUGGGUCCCAUGAGCCCGGACGUCGAAAAGUGGGGUCAGAUUCAACGGUCAUUAUUCAAAGACAAGCUUUUCCCUGGUUCUGAUGAUCAAUCGGCACUGAUUUAUUUACUGUACAAGGAUAAAAGUUUAAUGGACAAGAUUUAUUUAGAAGGGGAGUAUUACUUCGAGGGGUAUUGGUCAGAGAUACUCCCGACGUACGAUAACAUCACCGACAAGUACACGGAAAUAGAAAAAGAGGAUCCGAAAUUAAGGAGAAGACAUGCGGAGAAAGUGAGCGAGCAAUACGCAGCAUUUAGGGAGCCACACUUGAGGGAAGCAGGGAACGGAAAAGGAAGUUGGAGACGGCCGUUUAUCACACAUUUCACGGGGUGCCAGCCGUGUAGCGGGGACCACAACAAGAUGUAUGAAGGGGACAGUUGUUGGAAGGGGAUGGUGAAAGCCUUGAAUUUCGCAGAUAACCAGGUGCUCCGGAAGUAUGGGUUCGUGCAUCCGGAUUUGCUUGAUUCUAAAACGGUCGUAGAGACGCCGUUUGAUUACCCGGAGGAGGGGCCGUGGUAAAAGUGAUGAAAAAAAAAAAGAAAGAGUAAAAAGGUAAAAAUUGUUAGAGUGGGUAAGGGAGGCCUAUUAUUGGUAUUUCCUUUUGAAUCAAUUUAGUAAUAUUGAAAUCAUAAUUGGAAGAUUGUGAGUUUGUGAUAACCCAAAUCAGAGACCAAUUAAGAAAAAAACGAAGGGGGUUAAGAGCAUUGUGAUAAAGUUUUAUGAGUUGGGCAACCCAAUAAAUAUUUACUAUUUAGAACUUUUUUUUUUUUGUAUAUAUUUUUUGGCAGAAAUAGAAACAAAGGAGGAUUUUAUUUAA